CCAGCAGGUUCCCGGGUGGCCCGGAGCUGGAGAGGCAGGCGCGGUCAGUCCAGAGCCUAAGAGGCUGUGGCAGUGGUUUGCGAUGGCUUCGGAAUGUGCCGUAAGCCACCUGAUCUAUGUUUAAACGAAAAACGAACUCCCCGAAACAGAUAUGCAGCAGCCAAGUGUCCGGGGACUGCAGAGUUAGAGGUGACAUUGGAUCCCAGUCUCGGGCUGCUGUUACAGCCUCUGUCCUUGCCAGGCACCAUGCGUGUGUUGUGCCUUUAAGGAUAUUUUUAGAACUGCAGCAGGAGGAGCGACUGAUUUUUUCCUGAAGAGUUUCCACAUGACCUAGCAAGGGUGCUCUCACCUGAGAUGCUAGCCGUGGGCCGUGGGGGCCUUGCUCAGGGUCGGCCUUGGCCGCUGUCUCUCCAGGCCCCGGUGCCAAGAGGGCUCAUGGGAUAGAAGUAACUGUGCCAGUGUGAGUCCCUUCCGGCAGAUGUGGCCUCCAUCACGGUGAGUGUGGUGCGUGCUUCCUGCCUCCUUGUGGCACAGCCCAGGCCCACACGGAAGGAGCUCGGUGAGUCCCCAGCCCUACCUUCAGGAUGCUGUCUGCCACAGGAGUUCCCAGUCAAGUAAGGCUGGCCUCCCCGCAGCCGGAGGCCUGAGCUCUGCCAUGGGGGUAGGGGUGUCUUUACUCCUGCAGUUUUCUCUGACAUCUGGGGGCCACCAGAGUUUGGGCCGGAGCAGGCGCUACAGCCGCAGAAGUCUCCCCAGGAGCUUCCCCAGCAGGAGCUGGAAAAAACCUCGUCUCCAGCUCCACAGUCUCCAGGCAGAGGAAGGACCGAUGCUGGAACGUCGCUGCCGGGGCCCCCUGGCCGUGGGCCCGGCCCAGCCCCAGCUCCUUUCUGGGCCCUCCCAGGAGUCGCCCCAGACCCUGGAGAAGGAGCCCCGCGGGCUGAGGUUACAAGGCACCUCGGUGGCCCAGCCAGGCAGCCAAGCUCCAGGUCGGGUCCGUCGCUGUGCCCACUGUCAAAGGCACUUCCCGGGAUGGGUGGCCCUGUGGCUUCACGCCCGGCACUGCCAGGCCCGGCUGCCCCUGGCUUGCCCAGAAUGCAGCCGUCGCUUCCGGCACGCCCCCUUCUUGGCACUGCACUGCCAGGUGCACGCCGCCGCCACCCCAGACCUGGGCUUCGCCUGCCACCUCUGUGGGCAGGGCUUCCGAGGCUGGGUGGCCCUGGUUCUGCAUCUGCGGGCCCACUCGGCUGCCAGGCGGCCCAUCGCUUGCCCGGAGUGUGAGAGACGCUUCUGGCGACAAAAGCAGCUUCGAGCGCACGUGCGGAGGUGCCACCCCCCGGCUCCUGAGGCCCGGCCCUUCAUAUGUGGCAACUGCGGCAGGAGCUUUGCCCAGUGGGACCAGCUGGUUGCUCACAAGCGGGUUCACGUAGCCGAGGCCCUGGAGGAGGCGGCAGCCAAGGCGCUUGGGCCUCGGCCCAGGGGCCGCCCCGCCGUGACCGCCCCCCGGCCCGGCGGAGAUGCCGUUGACCGGCCCUUCCAGUGUGCCUGCUGUGGCAAGCGCUUCCGGCACAAACCCAACCUGAUCGCCCACCGCCGCGUGCACACGGGCGAGCGGCCCCACCAGUGCCCCGAGUGUGGGAAGCGCUUCACCAAUAAGCCCUACUUGACCUCGCACCGGCGCAUCCACACUGGCGAGAAGCCCUACCCCUGCACCGAGUGCGGGCGGCGCUUCCGCCACAAACCCAACCUUCUGUCGCACAGCAAGAUCCACAAGCGAUCCGAAGGGUCUGCCCAGGGUGCCCCUGGCUCAGGGAGCCCCCAGCUUCCAGCCGGCCCCCUGGAGCCCUUGGCAGAGCCCACCCCAGAGGCCCCACUGAGACCUGCCCAGGAGCCUCCCUCUGAGCCUCUGCUGGAGGCCCCCCGGGACCAGGCGGAAGCACCCCCUUCUCUCUACAGCUGUGAUGACUGUGGCAGGAGCUUCCGGCUGGAGCGCUUCCUGCGGGCCCACCAGCGGCAGCACACGGGGGAGCGGCCCUUCGCCUGCCCUGAGUGUGGGAAGAACUUCGCCAAGAAGACCCACCUGGUGGCCCACUCGCGGGUCCACUCGGGGGAGCGGCCCUUCGCCUGCGAGGAGUGCGGGCGCCGCUUCUCCCAGGGCAGCCACCUGGCAGCCCACCGGCGUGACCACGCGCCCGAGCGGCCCUUCGUCUGCCCGGACUGUGGCAAGGCUUUCCGCCACAAGCCGUACCUGGCCGCCCACCGGCGCAUCCACACCGGCGAGAAGCCCUACGUCUGCCCCGACUGCGGCAAAGCCUUCAGCCAGAAGUCCAACCUGGUGUCUCACCGGCGCAUCCACACCGGCGAGCGCCCCUACGCCUGCCCCGACUGUGACAGGAGCUUCAGCCAGAAGUCCAACCUCAUCACCCACCGCAAGAGCCACAUCCGGGACGGCGCCUUCUGCUGUGCCAUCUGCGGCCAGACCUUUGACGACGAGGAGAAGCUCCUGGCCCAUCAGAAGAAGCAUGAUGUCUGAGGGCAGGGGUGUUGUUCAGUGGGAGUGGGGUGGCGGGGCCCCGGGGGCCUGCACUGCUGCCGGCAAAGCUGGGGCUGUAGAGGCGGGGAGCGAGCGGUCCUGCCAGAAAGGGAGGUCGGCCUCCCCGCCAGGCCAGGGAACCACUGCGCGUGCGGGACCCAGCCUCCAGCGGGUGGUUGCUAAGGCUCUGUCCUCACUGUCCUAUGCCCUGGAAAAGUAGCAAUAGCACCUGCACCCACCCCUUAGUGUCUGUCCUCUGCUGGAGGAGCCACCAGUGGGCAGGAUGACCCUUCUCUGGUGUUAACGCCUUAAUGUCGCUGUCUGUGUUGAGCCAGCCCCUUCAGCUCGGUUUUGGAAGUAGGCGUGGCACAGUCUUUAGUGAAGAGCGCUCAGGAGGUAAAGUGGACCAGUGGGGACACCCGGGAGAACCUGCUGGCCUUGUUCGGCAGCCCUGGGGAGGUGACGCCGAGCUGCCCUGAGCUGUCCCAGCCCGUCCCUCCUGCCUGCCCCUGCACUGGCACCCAGACUCAGAGAGACCCGUCUACUUUGUGGCUUCCCCUUCCUCUCUGAAGAUCAGCCCCAGGGGGGUCCCCGCCUGUCAGACUUGCUUUAUCCACCCCCCUCCCUGUGCUUAGAGCAUCACCUGGCUGGCAGACCGUGUCUAGGCUUUGUCUGAACAGCCCAGCCCUCCUCGCGCCUCCCAGAGCACCCCCAACCCCGUGCUGGCAGGGACGGCCCCACUGAUGAUGGGUCAGCUGGUGGGGGGAUGGGGUGAGUUUCCUCUUCAACAUUUCUAGUGUCUGGAUGCCCAGCCUUGCCUGAACACGUAGGUGACAGGGAGUCCCCACCGCCUGACGCCCUUGUUCUAUUGUAGGACAAUUCUAAUUGUUAGAGGUUCUUCCUUAUAAUGAAUGAAAUCUGCUUUCCUAUAAUUUCUACCUAUUGGGCCUUGUUCUGUUUUCUGGAACUAAACAGAACCGCCACUUACCCUUCUUUUCAAACU